CGACAAGGGCUUCUUCCCGCCAACGUAACCAAGGGUGCAAGAGGAAAAGUGACGAAGCAGCUAGAACACAAGCAUCUAGGUGAGUAUCGUGCGCACGAGGAGCACUGACAUACUUUUUCCCGAGGACAGGUGGGCGUUUCGUACCGCCUUCUCCAUCAUUACCUUACGGAUGACGACCUCGAAGACCGCCUCCACACUGUCAGCAUAUCAGAGUCCAAAUAUAAGAUGGAAGCGACUGCUGGGAGGGGUAGCGGUAUGGAGUGAAGGAUUGCGGAUGUUGGUGUGGCCAAGGGGAGACAGACGUGCAGCAUCCGGCUGCUUACAAUUUAAACAGCUCCAGCUCAAAGCUCUUCUGUCACAGAUCCCGUUUCCAGCUUUGACGAUUGUUGGUAUGCGGUUACAGUUGGCCGGAUUCCAGGUGUCUAUAGAGGGGCCGGGAAUUCAACAGGCACCCCAGGGAGUACUGUUCAACGUUUCGCUGACAAGCUCAUCCAGCGCAAGGGCGUCUUUUCCUCCCUUGCCAGUGGAGGGGAGUGGGUCGGGGAGUGGUAAUUAUUCGAUCUCUGCUGGAUUGUUCUCCAUCUUUAUGGUUUAUUAUCUUCGUUUUCCUUGCCAUUUUUUUUCAUCUUCGUUCACACACCUUCGUUAUCCCCCUUUGACAUUAUCCGCGGUUCAUUUGCGACGAACCUGAUUGCAUUAUUCCUUCCUUGGACAAGCUUACCUUACGCAUAUUACCCCAACUUCAGUAAAAUAUAGUAUGCAACGUACUUACGGAAUAUAACGAUUUUAUGAC